CUUCGUGACGUAAGGACGUCCUUCUACCUCCCACAGAUCCUACAGCAUAUCACCAUGCUGCGUCUCAACCACACCAUAUCCCCCGCAUAGUUAUCUUUAAGACCACAACCACCAAGAAGCCAGGAACAAAGCGAACUCGACACCAUGGCAAACACGGCCCAUUUAAUCCGGAGACAGAGCAGCCGCGACCUCAACGCCCAACGCUCCAUGGAGUUGAGGGAGAUGAGAGGGAGGCUGGUCAUGGAGAAUGGGAAUAACACCAUCGGGAGUUACGGGUCUACGAACGCUGCUUUCGAGCCUGAUGUCAGUCCGGUGCAGGAGAAACCUACUAACUUAGAAUGCAAGAGAAACUCUCAAGACGGCAAACCGAUCUUCAAGCCGGAAGGGGGUGAAGAAGAACGCGAGUCGUGGGACAGCAAAGUGACCUUCCUGCUAGCCACAGUGGGCUAUGCCGUGGGGCUGGGAAACGUAUGGCGUUUCCCCUAUUUAGCCCAAAAGAACGGUGGCGGGGCGUUUUUAGUGCCGUAUUUCGUGAUGUUGGCGGUGGAAGGUAUUCCGAUCUUCUAUUUGGAGCUGGCCAUCGGACAAAGACUGAGGAAAGGGGCUAUUGGAGUUUGGAAUCAGGUGUCUCCGUUUUUGUCAGGAAUUGGUAUAAGCAGCGCUGUGGUAUCCUUCAACGUGGCGCUUUACUACAAUACAAUCAUCGCUUGGUGUCUGUUUUACUUCGUCCAAAGCUUUCAGUCCCAGCUUCCGUGGGCUGAGUGUCCCAAAGCCUAUUUCCCUAAUGGAUCGUACAUUUUGGAGCCAGAGUGUGUGGCAAGCAGUCCCACUCAGUACUUCUGGUAUCGUACAACCUUGGACAUAUCAGAAGACGUGAAUACUCCACAACCUUUCAACUGGAAAAUUGCGAUGGCAUUGGUUGUCGCGUGGAUAUUGGUCUACAUGUGCAUGAUCAAAGGGAUCGCGUCCUCAGGGAAAGUGGUCUAUGUGACAGCCACGUUUCCCUACUUGGUGCUCAUCAUCUUCUUCUUUCGGGGGAUCACGUUGAAAGGUGCUGGAGAUGGCCUAAUCCAUCUUUUUACUCCCUCUUGGCAUAUCAUAUUGGAUCCUGUGGUGUGGUUGGAAGCCGGCACUCAAAUAUUCUUCUCACUGGGACUUGCAUUCGGUGGCCUUAUCGCAUUUUCGUCUUACAAUCCAGUCAACAAUAAUUGUUACAGAGACGCCAUCAUGGUUUCUCUCACAAAUUGCUUUACUUCUAUGUUUGCUGGGAUCGUUGUUUUCUCCAUUAUCGGAUUUAAGGCUACAAUGACAUUCGAGAAAUGCCUAGAAGAAAGAAAUGCUACACUGAGCAACAUUUUUGGAGCCGACUAUAAUCAAAAAAGUUUACCAAAGGAAGGAAGUGUCUUCAAUAUCACUACUGCACAAGGAAUUGUUACAAGUAUCAUGCCUAAGCUGCCUGAGUGUGAUCUGCAGAAGGAAUUGGAUAAUUCUGCAUCAGGUACAGGCCUAGCCUUCAUCAUCUUCACCGAAGCCAUCAACCAGUUUCCAGGUGCUCAGUUCUGGUCAGUCCUCUUCUUCCUGAUGCUGUUCACGUUGGGCAUCGACUCCCAGUUUGGCACCCUAGAGGGUGUUGUGACCUCGAUCGUGGACAUGAAGCUGUUCCCCAACCUCCCAAAGGAGAUCCUCACCGGAGGCAUCUGUUUGGCGUGCUGCCUGAUCUCCAUGGGGUUCGCUCACGGCGCUGGCAGUUACGUGUUCGUACUUUUCGACAACUUCAGCGGGAAUUUCCCGCUGUUGAUCAUUGCGUUUUUUGAGUGCGUUGCUGUAUCGUACGUGUAUGGACUCAAAAGAUUUGCGGAUGACAUCGAAAUGAUGACAGGUACUCGUCCAGGUCUAUACUGGUUGAUCUGCUGGAAGUACCUCUCUCCUUUGGCAAUGCUGUCCAUCCUGGUGGCCAGUUUCGUCGAGAUAGCAGUCAAAGGGACGGGGUACGAUGCCUGGGUACCGUCCAAAGGAGAAACAGAGCACCACCAGUGGCCCGUUUGGUCAUUGGUACUUAUUAGCGGACUGGUGUUCGCUUCGGUACUGUGGAUACCUGGAGCUGCCAUAGCAAGGUUAUUUGGGAUAGUCCUCAUAGACGACAACGAAAAGGCGUGGUUCCCUGCCAGCGAUCUUAAAGACUUCCAUGGCAUUACGCCUCAUGAGGUGACAACCGCAGAAACGUUACUUUUCUGCAUCAGACCCGAUGGAACUGAAGGGCUAUGUUGCCCUACAACCUAUUCUUAUGAAGACGAAGACGAAGGAACUUGAGACAAUACUAUGUAGAUCAGUAUCAUCUUUUAUGUAUAAUAUGAGUACAAAAAAUGUAUAUUUAAAGGGAAAAGAGCACUUUGCCAUACAACUGUCAAGAAAGUUCAUUUGCUUUUUCUAUUUCCUUCCUUAAGCAACCAGCUGUUGACACAACGUUGUAGGGUCAGUGCGAACACGUUGCAUAAAAGUGUAUUUAUCAACUAUGCUAUACAGCUAAUAACAUAUCUUAACGUCUUUGGGAAAACAUGUUUUAGAACAUUAAGGGGCAACUAGCAAGCUGACAGAAAAACAUGACAAUAAAAAAUGUAUUCUAAAGUUGUAUCGGGAUUAGUGACUUGGUUUUUAAUUUGUACUUUCGUAGUAGAACUGCAUUCAUAGCUUGUCGAGCUGCACACAUUGGGACCACCAAUGUCAGCGCCACCUUUGUCUCGGAUUAGCGCAAGUAAAAGUGAAUUUUGUGAAACUGCUUCACAGGUGACGCUAGCGAAGUCACGGAUACUAUCACACUGUUGCCGCCUGUUCUUAUUUCUCCCAUGUUUUAUGUUGAACAGCGAUUCAAGCUUGAUCUUGCUCUAAAAGCAAUAUAUACUUCAAAUGAACAACUGAUGUUGUGAUUUGCAAUACAGAUUCUAAAGUUAUGAGUCUUUUCCCUUGAUAUGGAUACAUUUUAAUGCUCAUAUUGGUGUAAGCUUAGAAAUAUUUAUUUCAAAGGUUAGGUAGUGCUCCAGUAUACAUAUAUUUACAUAUCCUCAAGCAUAUCUUUGCUGAUUAAGAGGUGAUUCUAGUUUGCAGAACGUUAGUUAAAAUUGUAGAACUCUCUAUUUGGACACAAAGACAAUAAAAUAUAGCAAAACGAUCGGUUCCUUCUACUAUGGCAGGACAACUCGAAAUUAUUGCUUGGAUUGCAACUCUAACCAAAAUAAGAGACAUGGAUCGACACACAUAUCUAUCAUGUUCGCUGAAUACCUCGAUUUCACUAUAAACCUGUCAAUAGUAACAUCUGUCUAAGGGCGGUAUUGUCAGUCGUUUCUACAAUUUAUUGUAGGACGUCUGUAUAGCCUCCUUGAUUUUCAUAGUUUUCUACUGUUCCGUAUCAGAGCUUUGUUUUGAGGUUAUGUUACAAAUAGCUAUUUGCAUCAAAUUGUUUAUGCUUCUGAUGCUUAUCAUCUGCUAUACCAGCCUGAAAUUUCCUACAAUUCUGAGAGAAAACAGCCUCACAAAUCUAGAAAUACUACAACCUUUCUCUUGGAGAGAACAUACCAUGAGAAUCAAGGUGGUCAUAAAGGCAUCCUACAAUUGUAGGAACGAAGACUUAUGACAUAAGCCUAGCAGAUCUGGUAACUCAAUAACUAGGCAAUUUUAAAAAACUGGGGAAGAAGAUGAAGAAGAAUAGAAUGGAGGAGAACAGAAGGGAAUAAAGAACUCCGAUUUAAGAUAUGCGGCAUUAUAGAGACGAUCCAAUAAAUUUUGGUGUAAUCCAAAAUGCUUAUUAUUUGUUGUUGCAUAUUGGACAACCAAUAAAUCUAUAAGACUUUGAUGAUCAAGAUUCUUCUGCCAAAUCAAACCAACCAUAGUAGCAUGAACUGGGAGUUGCUAUACAGAUAGUUUCGGAACAAUAAUAAAUAAAAGUGUCUUAAAUACUUUCCCAUUAUUUUUAUAAAUAUUUAUUUGAACAAUGACAAUAAGUAUAUCUUCGAAGCAAAAUUGAAAUCAGACGUGUUCAUGAAAUUCUGUUGUAACCUCUGGAUAAAGAUGUGAUAAAAUGCACAAACUAAACUAGUCCUUAUGUUUGUAGCUUGGAUAUGUUACGUAUUUAUCUCGAAAUGAUGUGCUAAAACGAUUCCAUCGUAAUAUUUGUCGUUAACAGAAGGGUUAGCAGGCCCUUUGAGGGAAUUUUGUUAUAAGAGAAGUGUUUCAAUAAAUUGAUAUUAAUAAUUAUUGAUGGUCGAUGAUAUCUUUCGUGACUGUUUUGGUAGUAACGAACUACUGAAAAUUCUAUUUAGUUUAACCUAGGACUUUACUGUUGUGGGUCUAUCUCUUCUAUGAUAUUAGGUAUCUACAGUAUAUUCAGAUAAGAGAUAGACCGGACAUAAACAAGAC